UCUGAUGACGCGCGCCGAGGUCGCUUCCGGCUCCCGCUCCGCUUCCGCUGGUUGCUCGGCUACCGGCGCGGCCUGGCGUUGCUAUGGAGCCCGAUCCGAAAGGGGGCUACGUGCUGAGCAACCUCGCCGAGGUGGUGGAGAGGAUCCUGGGCUUCCUGCCGACGAAGGCGCUGCUGCGCGCGGCCUGUGUGUGCCGCUUAUGGAGAGAGUGUUCCCGCAGAAUCCUGAGAGCCCAGCAGAGUGUUGUCUGGGUCUCCACAGUGGAACCAGGGCCUUCAAGCAGUCAUGCUCUGGUUCAGGUGUUGGCAGAGGAGCUUGAGAAGGUUCAGGUGCUGCCCCAGACAGUAUUGUAUAUCGCAGAUGCAGAGACUUUCAGUGAACACGAAGAGUGUCCAAGCCACAGGCAGAAGAAAGCACGAAGAAGAAAUAGCAAAGAAACAGCCACUGCCUUAGAAAAACUAUUGCCCAGACGAUGCCAAGUCCUUGGUCUAGUGACACCUGGAGUUGUAGUUACUCCAAUGGGGUCUCGCAGCAAUCGGCCUCUGGAAGUUGAAGAUGGUGAAGCUGGCUUUGCAAUAUUGUUCCCCAAGAUUGAUGGGGUGAAGAUUCAAACCUUCCACUUUUGUAAAGACUUGAAGACCAGGGUCUUUGAUGAAAGCCAAUUUGCUGAAGCAGGCCUGAAGAAUAAUCCCGAUCUCAGAGUGGUUCUUUUGUUUGGGUACAACACAUGGAAGUCAGGAGGAACCCGGUUUCUACACCAAAUAGUCAAUCGCUUGAAUGAAAAAAGCAUCAUCUUGGCUGGCGGACAUGUGGAGAGCUUUACAUCUCUAACUUCUGAGAAUAACACUCAGGCUGCUGAUUCUUGUGGUGUUGUUGGCUUGGCUUUCAGUGGACCGCAGAUCCAGAGUGCGACUGUUCUGUUAGAUCAGGAUGUAAUUGAUGAGAGGACAGCAGAAGCAGCAGUGCAGCGCCUCAAAGCCACCAACAUUCCUGAACACAAUAGCCUUGGUUUUAUGUUCGCAUGUGUUGGCAGGGGAUAUCAACAUUAUAAAACCAAACAGAAUCUUGAGGCUGAUGCUUUUAGGAAGUUCUUUCCUAACAUUCCCCUCUUUGGCUUUUUUGGACAUGGGGAGAUAGGAUGUGAUCGAAUUGUGACCGGGAAUUUUAUACUCCGAGAGUAUAAUGACACAAAGGAUGACUUGCUCCAUGGUUACACCACUGUAAUGACCAUUAUCCAUCUGGGUUCAGCCAAAGCAAAUCAAGCUUAAACCUUUAGUUGUAAAUGUGCACCAGAGAAACGAUGCUGUUUUAAUUCCAGCAAUGUAAAAACAAAACAAAAUCUGAAACACUGUACACACUUCCAACAGAAGUGGAUCCUGAAACAAUUGUAAUCACUGUACCAUUGACUCAGGGUGUCUAGGUGGCAUAAUAUUAAAUUAAAUUUGAUGAGGAAGAAAGGGUUUUUUAAAAUUUCAGAUUUGUCAGAUCUCUGGUAAAGGGUUCUAGUCAACUCACUUUUUGCUGAUAGUAGACCCACUGAAAUCUAUCUAAAUGAUGGCUACUAAGUUCAUUGGAUGUGAUCUGACUAAAUGUUGAAUACAACCCAAAGAAUUUAUUUCUAAAUUUGCAAAUUAUUUAGGUCAGAGUUAAGUGAACUCAUAUCUUUAGAAGUAACAUAAUUAGCAUUUCUGCAUGCAGUUUAUGGACCAGAUUUUGACACAACAAUCAAGUUAAGCAUUAAACGAACUUUCAGUUAUGUUUUUAAAAAACGCUGUUGCUAUGCCUCUGUUUUACAGCAACAUUACAUUACAAUUUUCUACUGUGACAGCAACACUACUUUGCAGAAGGCUGGGCCAUCACAUAUGAAUAACAGGACAAUUCUCGAGCUAGAAAAAGUGGUUAGGAAGACCCUUCAAACCAAUCCACCCAGUCUUAGUGGUGUGUUGGAAAUGAAACCUUAUGCUGCCCUUGGCUUGUUUGCAACACUACCUCUCAAGCUGCUUUUGGCAGGAGGUUAAGCUGUUGUUGGACACAUGAUCACAUAAAUCACUUUGCUGUGUGGCAAAUCCUCGUGAGUGGAUGUGUUUGAAAUGUAAGACAAUGCUCUUUAUAUAAAGAUACCCACAAACAGAUGGAAAUGAAUAAAUGGGGUUGAUAAGGCACUAA